AUGCAAUCCAACUUCGAUCGUCUCCCCACAAUCCCAGAAGAAAACGAAGCAAUUGAGCUGAUGCAGGUCGACAGCAACUCUACACAAGUGGACCCGAAGCAGCUCGAAUCGGAAAGGGCAAGCGAAGUGGUUUUUCAACUCUUAUUGACUUCAAUAGAAGCAGCUUUUCAAGCAUUUCCCAAUAUCACUAGUCAGACCUUUGCAGGCGCUGUUUCAGAAAUCAAUAAAUUCCUAUCAUACCAUCAUACAUAUGAUGACAGUGAAAUGACUGAUUAUUUAUGCCACAAUGUCACAAGACUAUUAGAAAAUUUUACUUGAAGUCAAGAAGUCAGCAAAUGGCUGAAACUCAAAUGGUCAGACAUCGUCAAGGACAUUAUGAACAAUAAACCUUCAACCUAUUACCCCGCAAUAGAUCAGCUCACAGAGGCUGGAUUUUCAGGCAUCAGAAAUUUGUAUGGAAACUUGCUAGAUUCCAUUCAAAAAACUCCUUUAAAAAACUGCAGGUUCUCUCCAAAGCUGAGUGACUGGGAAGGCUUUUUCCAUCAGAAGUCACAAGAGCUGAAGCAAAACACAAAAAAAUUGAAAGUUCAAUUAAAGCUGAACCCUGGAGUUGAGCCACCUCAGAUUAAAAGAGUAACCAGAGAAUACUACAAAACUGUGAGAAGACCUUACACAGAGUGAAACACCUUUAUUCAUGAAGAAGAAUUUGAAGUCGACGUACAGCCGUCAUGUGUGAUGGUUCCCAUGAUCCAUAGAAUAUGCAGCCCAUUCACUGAAACAAAGCGAGAAGUCGUCACCUAUUACGCUCCAGCAGGCUGGGAAGUGACAAGGGUUGGGGCCAAUGUAAUGGACGGCCACUUUAAGACUGCCAAUGUCAGAAGGGUAGGUUUCAGAGAAAAUCGAGCGAUGGCAGAAAUUGAGGUGGUGUUUCCUCGACUAAUUAAAGAUCGGGUUUGAUGCAAAGUACAGAUUGAAGGUGUGAUGUCGAGAAAGAGGAUCCAAGAUGUGCAGGUUGGAGAAGUGAAAUCAGUCUUUGUCAUUGUGGAUGACUAUGGAGAGCAUGAGCUGCCACAAGGAUUCUUAGAGGAUGAUACAGAGAUUUAA